UCAAAUUCAAGCCCACAUUGGACAUUUAAAGUUACUGGAAAGCCAUUUGUUAUGCAAGUAGUAUACUCUUGGAUCAAUCAGAGAUGAAGGAAAAGUCCAAGAAUGCAGCGAAGACCAGACGGGAGAAAGAAAAUGGAGAAUUUUAUGAACUGGCGAAGUUAUUGCCGCUGCCCUCCGCUAUCACAUCGCAACUGGAUAAAGCCUCAAUCAUUCGACUGACGACAAGUUACCUCAAAAUGAGAUCUGUGUUCCCAGAUGGCCUGGGAGACGCCUGGGGACAGCCCUCCAGAGUCAGUCCCCUGGACAACAUGGCCAAGGAGUUAGGCUCCCACCUCCUCCAGACACUUGACGGCUUUGUGUUUGUUGUGGCGUCUGAUGGGAAGAUAAUGUACAUCUCUGAGACGGCCUCGGUUCAUCUAGGACUGUCACAGGUGGAGCUGACAGGAAACAGCAUCUUUGAGUACAUCCAUCCCUCAGAUCAUGAUGAGAUGACAGCAGUACUGAGUGCACACCCGCCUCUCACGCCUCACUUCCUGCAAGAGUAUGAGAUGGAGCGCUCGUUCUUCCUGAGAAUGAAGUGUGUUCUGGCCAAGCGUAACGCUGGACUCACAUGCGGAGGUUACAAGGUGAUCCAUUGCAGCGGUUAUCUGAAGAUCCGCCAGUAUGUGAUGGACAUGACCAUCUAUGACUCCUGUUACCAGAUCAUAGGUCUGGUGGCAGUCGGUCACUCACUGCCUCCGAGUGGCAUCACUGAGAUAAAGCUGCACAGCAACAUGUUCAUGUUCCGAGCUAGUCUAGAUCUGAAGCUCAUCUUUCUUGACAGCAGGGUUGCUGAACUAACAGGCUAUGAGCCUCAGGAUCUGAUUGAGAAGACCUUAUAUCACCACGUCCACGGGUGUGACGUGUUCCAUCUUCGCUUCGCGCACCACAUCUUGCUGGUGAAAGGACAAGUCACCACCAAGUACUACCGGAUGCUCUCCAAGCACGGAGGAUGGGUGUGGGUGCAGAGCUAUGCCACUAUUGUACACAACAGCCGCUCGUCACGGCCCCACUGCAUCGUCAGUGUCAACUAUGUGUUAACGGAGAUUGAAUAUAAAGACCUCCAGCUCUCCCAGGACCAGACCAGGGCCAUCAAACCAGCAGUCACCUACAAGAGCGCCCUCACGUCCUCACAGGACACCCGGAAACAGCUCAAAACCAAAGCAGUCAAGAUCAAAGCCAAGCUGAAGAUGUCUCCUUACCCUCAGGUUAGAUUGCCUCUCCUCAGAUGUCUGAUGUCAUGUUCAUUUUGUACCAAGAGUAAACAUGUCAGCUUGAUGAUGUUUGAUGGACAAGCGCUAAUUAAUGAGUACCCAAAUCCAUCUUUUCAUUCUGACUCCAAACUGGAGUGCUCCUCUCAGCCUGGCUGGAAGGAGAGUCCCCCAUACAGCCUCAUCUCCUGCCAGGAGCAGAGCUCCGUGUCCGAGGCUGCUGCGGAGGUGCUGUGUGCUCCCACCUAUGGCCUCCCGCUCCCGUACCCCUACGGGCACUUUCCCCCAGACAGCCCCGCGUUUGCGGUGAGGAAGCUGCGUCCAGCCCAGAGCUCCGCCGGCCAGGCCACGCGACACUUAUUGAGUUCCCUGCAGACCCGCGCCGACGGCCACUGGAACGGCACCAACCCGUGUUCAUCCCACUCCAUGAAGAGCCACCACAACCACACCUUGAGUCCCUCCCCAGGGCCCUGCAACAGCACAUAUGCAGAUCUGUUUGACUCAAUGGAAGACUACGGAGAAGCUUUACAAUUCAGUUGCUUUAACGUCCCCAUAUCAUUUUCAACUGCAGGGCCAACAGCAAGCAGGAGAUACAUCAGUGAACCAAUUCAUGAGGGCUAUUCCAGCUGCUCCACGUCCAGACCUAACAGUGGGUUGAAGGAAGAGCCUUAUGAAAAACCCCCUCAGCACGUCACGAAAGAAGGCAGCAAGAUGCCCUUUAGUCGAGACGAUCCCAAGGAUUCCCUGGACGUUGCAGAGAGGGUUCAUCCGUGCGCCAUGUUCAGCGGUGCCGCCAUGCUUGCCAAGGCCAGCUGUGAACAGGCUCGCCCCCUCCACGGCCUGGGCCUGGGCCAGCACCUCCCCAUGCAGGUGAUGCUGGAGCAGAGGAGGAGGCUGUGUAUGAGGGAGUCGUCCUACGCCCAGCGCUCAGACCACCCCGGGCUGCUGGAGCACGUGGCGGACGGCGGCGGCGGCGGGGGGGACCGGGAGACCCCAAAGCUGGUGGAACAGUGUGGAGCGGAGGAGAAGCGGAUGCUUAUGGGGAUGGGGAUGGGCCUGGGGGGCCAGACCCCCUAUGUGUCUCUGAACCUCCACCACGUCCUCGCCAAACACAGCUCCUCCUUCCAAGGACCGGCAGCGUACACACUGGGCCAUUUAACGGACAAUUACAACUACAGAGGGGAAGAGAUCAACCCGUACCUCUACCGAGGCCAAAGCCCAGCCUCCAGCUCCUCGCCCGAGAGCCACAGGGAGAUCCCUCAUUACAUCGGCACAUCGGUCAUCAUCACCAAUGAGAGGUAACAAGCCCAAGGGGUCAAAGGGCGGACCGCAGGACACUGAGAGAGAGAGCGAGAGCGAGAGAGAGACCCUCAUUGCUUUCAGCAUCUGACUGACACCUUAAUCCCACAAACACACACAUGUGAGACUCUUGCAGGGGGCAGCAUGCAAUUUCAGGUUUAUUGAAUAUAUAUUUUUUCAUACUUUUGAGCUGGCAUAUGAAAUGUGUCAGCAAAUUGUAGUCAAAAUCUGCUUUUGUACAGAUUUGCAAAUUUGGUCAAAUUUCUAAUCACAAAUUGAGUCCAUACUCGACAAUGAGCUGUAUCUUAGAGAGCAAUCAUUUAAAACAUUUAUAUUGCUUUUUUUCUUUUUUUUUUUACCAUAAUUUUGCAUGUUUUAAAUACAGCUAACUCAAAUUUCUAAAUUCAGUUGACGCUGCAAGCUUGAAAUGUUUUUUUGUCUGGUUCUUUAAAACAUCCCAACACAGUGAAAAGAAAUCAUCAAAAGGGUCUGACACGGUUGCCUGGAGAAAUGAGUGAAUAAAAGGCAUUGAAAUAAUGGUCAGUUGUAGCACGGGGUGAGAUGUACAAACAAGGACACAGAACAACAACACUACUCUGCCAUGAUGAUGACACAGGGUGUCAACAGGAGGCCGGCAGAGGAUCUCUUGUUGCCUAACAACCAGCUCUCUCAAUGCUUCAAAUUAACAAGACUUAAAGCUGGUCAUUCAAUUAUGAGUCUUUCUCAAUGCAGUAAAGGUAACGUGUGUAUUUAUUCUUGUGAAACACAUAGCAAUUUGCUUAUUUAUAAUGCAAAACAAUUGUCUCGUGUAUAAAUAAAGCAUUCAUUUUUCUCUGAGAACUUGAAAUUUAAAAGGAGUACUUUGCUUUAAACUGGAAUAAAUAUGUGAAAUGGCUUUCACGUCUGUACAAAUCAUUUUCACUCCUGUGUAUAGUUCUGGCUAGUAUUUUCAUAUGAAAAUCAAACUUACCUGUUGUCUGGUAAUUCUGAUCCGAGGCUUCAUUUUAGAGCACGUUAGGCCUAUGACCUACAUGAGCCACGGAAGGCAGCAUUAGUGUGAGGGAG